ACUUCCGGUUGUGAAAUCGUUGCAAAACAGUCCCGACGGCGGUGGAGCAGCAGCACAGUCACCGAGGAACAACCUGGAUAACGCAGAUUCGGGAAAAUGCUGCUUUCAGAGGUCCUGCAGGUGCUGCGCGGGGCAGGUAAAGUGGGGUCCGCCCUGGUUUACACUCAGGGAGAACAGCUCCGAUUUGUGGCCUGCAACUCCACCAUGGGAGCGGGGGUCAAAGUCGCCCAGGAUGCGGUUGAGGGGCUGAUGGCCAGCUUUGGUGGGGGCGGAAAAGCGGUCACAGAGGAGGAUGUGUUUCCGGACGCGGAGGGUUGGGAGACUAUGGACCCGGAUGAAGCAGCCAAGUGGGCCAUGGGGUCGGAGUUCCCCUCCAACGCUCCGGAUGCUGACACUGCAGAGAUGCCUGCAGGUGUUCCACCUUCGUCGGGGGCGGCUCCUGCAGGGAAUGGCUGGCCGGGGCAGGGCGCUCGCUUCCUCCACACGACCCCCGGCUUCCAGCGUUACUUCUACCAGACCAGGUGUGUCCACGACACGGUGGUGGCCAGACUCAGCCCAGAGGACAUCAAGAAAGCCAGGGAGGCCAAGCAGGCCCUGGUCAAACCUGUCAGACAGAAGCUGAGUGACCGUGCCCGAGAGAGGAAGGUUCCCGCCACGAGAAUCAGCAGGCUGGUUAAUUUUGGGGGACUGGCAGUCGGCCUCGGGAUCGGCGCCAUCGCGGAAGUGGCGAAACAAUCACUGGGAGGCAAACCGAAAAAAGCUCAGGGCGCUUUGUUGGACUCUCCUUUCCUGUCGGAGGCCAACGCCGAGAGAAUAGUCAACACGCUGUGCAAGGUCCGCGGGGCCGCGCUGAAGAUCGGACAGAUGUUCAGCAUACAAGACAACUCCUUCAUCAACCCCCAGCUGCAGAGGAUCUUCGAGAGGGUCCGGCAGAGCGCCGACUUCAUGCCGGCCUGGCAGAUGAACAAAGUCCUCGAGGAGGACCUGGGGCCAGGGUGGCGAGAGAAGCUGUUGUCCUUUGAAGACAAGCCGUUUGCUGCAGCGUCCAUCGGCCAGGUGCAUCACGGGGUGUUAAAGGACGGAAGAGAGAUCGCCAUGAAGAUCCAGUACCCCGGAGUGGCGGAGAGCAUCCACAGUGACAUAAACAACCUGAUGUCGGUCCUGAAAAUAAGCGCGGCUCUUCCAGAAGGUCUGUUUGCAGACAGCAGCUUGGAGGUUCUUCAGAGGGAGCUGGCGUGGGAGUGCGACUAUAAGAGGGAGGCCGAGUGCGCCAAGAAGUUCAGGUCCAUGCUGGAGGGAAAUGAUAUCUUUCUAAUCCCGAAGGUGAUUGACGAGCUGUCGGGCAGCAGGGUGCUCGCCAUGGAUCUGGUGCAAGGAGUCCCGCUGGACCGCUGUGUAGACCUGGACCAGGAGACCAGGAACCGGAUCUGUUACAGGAUCCUGCAGCUGUGUCUCCGGGAGGUGUUCGAGUUCAGGUUCAUGCAGACCGAUCCAAACUGGGCCAACUUCUUCUUCAACUCGGACACCGGCCAGGUGGUUCUGUUGGACUUUGGGGCGUGCAGAGGAUACCCGGAGUCGUUCACAGACGACUACAUACAGGUGGUGCACGCGGCCUCCGUGGGUGAUCGAGCCACCGUUCUUUCCAAAUCAAAGGAUCUGAAAUUCCUGACGGGUUUCGAGACCAAGGCCUUCAUGGACGCCCACGUGGAGGCGGUGAUGAUCCUCGGCGAGGCCUUUGCCUCCGCGGAGCCCUUUGACUUCGGCAACCAGAGCACCACCCAGCGUGUCCAGAGCUUCCUCCCCGUCAUGCUGCGCCACCGCCUCACGCCGCCGCCCGAGGAGUCGUACUCCCUCCACCGCAAGAUGGCGGGCUCCUUCCUCAUCUGCUCCAAGCUGAAGGCCCGCAUAUCGUGCAAGGACAUGUUCCUGGACGUGUACGACGCCUACAACCAGCGGCGGCGCGCAGAGCAGGCGGCGGGCGGCGGUGCUUAAGACGAAUCAAUUUGUCGGGGGAACAAAGGUCGCUACCUCAAAAUAUAUAAAUAUACACGCAUACGUAGACCUCUAAACUUUUAUUAAGAGCGGGCCGCUCGGUAAAGACAGAAACUUUAUCGAUAUGUAACUGUCAACGAGCUCAAGAGGACCUGGAUCAAGGUCAGUGACCUCAGUGUGAGGACCCAACACGGACUCAAGUUCUGCACAGGGACUCUGACGGGGGGGGGGAUAUUUUUAAAGUGAGCUGUGCCAUAGAAAACUAUAUGCUGAUGGCCAAAAAUGUUUUUUUUUAUUACUGAUUUAAAUCCCUCUAGGAAUUGAAGACGGGAUUAUUUACUAAAUUUGGCGUGCUUGUGUUUUUAUUUUUAUGGCCCAACGGUUGCAUCGCUCUGUCUCAGCAAACACAACACCGUGUGUGUGUGUGUGUGUGCGCGCAUGUGUUGCUUUAGUUUGCUCCCCACGGUUAAAAUGUAUUAAUACACAGCACGGUUCGCCAUGUUGCAGGAGACCACAUGUAUCUUCUGUCUCGAGGACACGUUGCCGAGCUGAUGCCGAGUCUCUUUUUGUCCUGAGAAGUAUGUUUUUAAUCCUAAAUGACAAGACUACGUCUAAUAGAAACCCGGUGAGUAACGGGCCUUGCAUUAUAUUUGGCAUAACUCCAUAUUGUGACAAACGUUCUGUAACCUACAAGGCAGUGAGUGUGUGUGUGGUUUAUUUGUAUAUUUCUUUUUUUAAUGAAAUAAAAAAAACAUGUAUAGCUUUA